CAGUGAUGGGCGUGAUUAACACAAUGUGUGUCCCAACUUGUACUCGACAGCACGGCAGUUCAGUUUACAUUCAGACUGCAGAGAUGGAUUCAGAACAAAUGGGUCCCCAGAUCUUCCUUUACGGCUGUGAGCUCAAGGCAGGAAAGGAUAUCAUUUUUAACCCAGAGGAUGACGAUUUUGAACAUCAGUUAUCAGUCAGAAUGGCCUGUGUUGAUCCCUCAACAAAAGAUGAAUUGAAUGUUGUGGAGAUCGAAGGGCGUGACUUAGAGGGUCAGAAGGUCAAAGCAGUGCUGGCCACACUCAAACCUUCCACUUUUCCCAGUGUGUGUUUGGGCGGCCUUGAGAUCACUCCACCUGUUGUGUUCAGACUACGCAGUGGUUCUGGCCCAGUUCACAUCAGUGGACAGCAUCUUGUUAUCAUGGGUGGAGAUCAGUCCUUUGAUGAGGAGGAGGAGGAGGAGGAAGAGGAAGAAGAAGAAGAAGAAGAGUUAAAGAUUUCUAAGAAGCGGCCAGCACCUUUGGCCCUGAAGCCUUCAAAAAAAAUGAAGAUGGAUGAAGAGGAUGAUGAUGAAGAUGAGGAUGAGGAGGAUGAUGAAAGCGAAGAAGAGACACCUGUAAAGAAGCAACCAUCCAAACCACAGUCCCCAGCACAGAAUGGAAAAGGAUCCAAGCCCAGGACACCAACUGCUAAACAGAACAAAACUCCAGAUAAAAACAAAAAUGGCGACAAGAAAACACAGUCACCCAAAACACCACAGACCCCUCGAACACCGCUCACAAUACAGGAGAUGAAGACCAAGAUGAUGGCGAGUGUUGAAAAGGGUGUAUCACUACCAAAACUACAGCUGAAGUUCGAGAACUAUGUUAGGAACAGCUUCAAAAACGACGAUGCAAAGGUCAUUAAGGAGCUGUGGAAGUGGAGGCAAACUGUCAAAGAGAAGAACUAAACCUUUUAUUUUGCUUAAAUUAUUAGGUCCCCCCCUUCAUGUUACCCAUGAUUUUACUUGUUGCCUGGUAAUUUAUGUUUGUCCCCAUCCUCGAGCCAUGUUAAAUCCGUGCCAUUCCUUUUAAAACAGACUUUAUUCAGAAAGUGACCCCUUUCAUUCUUUGCAAUCUGCCCUCAACUCAACCCUGUAGUGUUGUCAUGUCCAUGGAAACUGGCCUUAAUUCAACCACAUUAUCGGUCAAAUGAGACACUCUAAACAGUCUCUCAGCCCUCUACUGUAAUUUUUAUUGGGAUUUGUUGACUGCACCCGUCCUUGGUUUCUUUAAAAUGACUUGGACAGUUAUGAUAAUCACUCUAGAAGUUAAUUGACUCGAAUCUUGUAAAGCCUGACCUGGUUUGUUAUACAUAAUUAGUGGGUUCCUCAAUUGUUUCAUUGAAUCAUUGAUUAUGUGUUUCAGCAGUUGACAUUGUUUUGUAAUGUUGGAAUGUUUUGAUGUUUGUAAUUGAUUUGUGAACUCCAAAUCCAAAUGUCAACCAUGUAUUUUGUAGUUUAUAUCAAGGUCUGUGGAGCCAAAUCUUGGGAAUAGAACCAAAACUCUUAAGCUUUGAUUAAAAUUCAUAUGCAAGUCCUUGCCUUUUUUUUUUUUUUGGGCAUCAUUGAAUCCAGCAUUUAAAUGCAAAUAAAGUUUUUACUGUAUUUCAGAAUGAAAC